AGUGGACACCACCUUUCCAAUAUGCUAAACGUCGACGUGCUGCCGCCUCCUGGCCAUGACGGCGACGACGAAUCCACCGAUGACCAAACGAUCUUACGCCUCCAUGCCCCCUCUACUUCUCUGCAAGAAAGCAGCGGAGAUGACCAUAGAUUGACGGAGCAAGACGCCGCCGAUUACGACGCUUCCCAGGCCACCUCGCAGUCUCAGUCGCAUCGAUCUGGCGCCCAGAAACGCCACAAAAUCGGCAAAGGCAUUCAGCUGAUCCUACUCAGAAAGUAUGUACUCUGCGCCAAGCAGUUUAACAAAAUUCCAGACCGGACGACGACAGAACAGUUGCUCGAGCAAGGAUACGACGAGUUUUACUACCUAGGAGGCAAUUUAAACGAGCCCCGACUCCACUAUACGGCAUUUCUCAAGAUGGUACGCAAUCGACGUAGUGAAGUGGCCAAACAGAACCGAGCAAAUAGCUCUAGACGUCAAAGAGCACUUACGAAGAAGCAGCACAAGGAGCAGAUGGAGAUCCGAGCGCUAAUCGACGAAUUAGAGCACGUACGACACGGACAACAACGAGACCCGUUAGAGUACGACGCUCUGGGCUCCAGUUCGGGCAGUGAGCACUCGAGAGCAGUGAUGACAGACACUUCUGUGCCAAUUCUGUCGGAUUCGUCGUCGAUUAUGGGCGACACAGGCACGGACGGAGGCGUCUCGGCUGGGGACUUAUCAGCGGCCGAGACGUACUCUUCCGUCAUGUCCGGGACGGAAAGUGGAAGCGAAGAUGUGGUCGUCUCGAGGUCCAAGCUGGACUUGAUGCUGCGGAUAGCACAGGAGACGCUAGUGGCCCAGAAGAAGAUCUUGGAGGAACCCCAAAACACGGGAGCUGGAUCCUCUAAUAGCUCGUCCAUUCCCUCGAGACCGACAGUACCGAAAACUGACAAUGGGAUUCUCCCAAGUGACGAGUUAGUGUCGUGGCGCUCGUCGUCUUCUCUUAGCAGCAGAGCCCUAAGCACCAGAGACGAAGAUCGGGCGUCUCAACCCACUUCUGAAGCGCCUGAAAAACACCGGAAACCACGUCCACCACACCAGAAACAUCACAAACGUUCACGCAAGAAAAAACGCUCUAAUAACCAGGAAGAAGAGCGACCGGAUCUCAAGGCUACAGCUCUAGCAAACGCUGAGAAGGUCGCAGCGGCGCUAACUCUGGCUCAAGAGCGAGCGAAGCGUAUUCAACAGGAAAAGCUGCAGCUUGAACGCGAACGAGAACUUGAGCGCCAAGAAGCUGCGUGUCGACUGCAAGAGCAAAUGGUGAAGAUUGAAGCAGCUUCGUUGGAGAUGGAACUCGCCGCUGUGCUUGAGGAGACUGCACAAACGCGACAGAAGCGACGAGAACUUGAGCUCGCGGACGAGAAAGAGCGACUCAAGCGGCAGCGAGAAGCAGAACGAGCUUUGCAGAUACGACUUCGAGAAGAAGAGUGGGAAAACAUGAUGGAGGACGAAAAGGCGCGGUCGCAAGUGGCGGCAGAGGCGCGAGCGAAAGCCAGCAAGCGAGUCGAAGCGCAUUCGGCCAAAUUACGGAAAUUGAUGCACGCGUUCAGAUACGAGCCACGUCGAUCUUCUAGCAGCACUGUAUCGUCCAGUGCUCGAGACAACGACGACAGUGACGAAGAACGAAAUGAGGCUAACUCACAGGCUAGUACCGGGAGCAUGGACAAAUCGUUCAAGAUGGACUUGUUGCUGCGUCCGGAGCUCGCGGGUUUCGAGGAAGACGGUCUUUGCAACACCAGUGAACUCUUGCAGCCAGAAAAUGCGCUUAGGUGGCAAGUGCCGAGCUUCUCCGAUCCCGAUAACUUCAUGAAAGUGCUGGUGGAUAUGGUGAGUGACGAUGAAGAGUAA